AGUUAACUAAAUUUACACAAACCAACAAAAACUAACAAAAUUUAGUUUUUUUUGGUCCCAAAUAUAUUAUAAAUUCUUCAAAUUGUCCUUCAUAACAUUAAUAAACUGAUGAAAUUAAUUUUGAAUUGAUUGGUUAGUUGUGAGGGUAAAGAAAGGAAAAACAAAAGCAUUUGAAAUAAUGCACAUUGAUUGCUGAAUGAGUAGUUGUAUAUAUAGAGCCAAAAAUAGCAAAACAAGCAAGUUAUACAACGCCAAUCGAAGAGGAGGAUGUGGAAGCUAAAACUAUCGCAAAAGGGAGAUGAUGAAGGGGAAUGGAUCACAAGCUCGAACAAUCAUAUUGGACGAGAGUUUUGGGAGUUCGAUCCAAACUUUGGAAGCACAGAAGAAAAGGCUCUUGUUGAAAAGGUCCGAGAGGAGUUCACUAAGAAUCGAUUUGAGAUUCGACACAGUUCCGACCUCAUCAUGCGAAUCCAGUUUGCGAAAGAGAAUCCGUGUGAAGUGAAUUUACAAGGACCAAAAAUAGUAGGGAGUAAUGAUGAAGAAGAAACGAUCAAAGAGGAAGCAGUGGUAACAACCUUGAGAAGGGCUUUAAGGUUUUACUCAACGCUUCAAGCAGAAGAUGGGCACUGGCCUAGUGAUUAUGGUGGCCCGUUAUUUCUAUUACCGGGCUUGAUUAUCGGGUUGUAUGUGAUGGGAGCAGUGGAAACUACAUUAUCAAGUGAGCACCAAAAAGAAAUUCGUCGGUAUCUCUAUAAUCAUCAAAACGCAGAUGGUGGAUGGGGUUUGCAUAUAGAAGACCGGAGCACCAUGUUUUGUAGCGCUCUUAUUUACGUGUCUCUGCGGCUUCUUGGCGAGCCGGCCGAUGAAGGCCGGAAUGGAGCGAUGGAGAUAGCUCGAAAUUGGAUACUUGAUCAUGGAGGAUGCACUUUCAUCCCAUCAUGGGGGAAGCUUUGGCUUUCUGUACUUGGAGUUUAUGACUGGAGUGGCAACAAUCCUCUGCCUCCCGAACUCUGGCUUCUCCCUUACUUUCUUCCGAUACAUCCAGGUCGAAUGUGGUGUCACACUAGGAUGGUGUACUUGCCAAUGUCAUACCUCUAUGGAAAGCGAUACACUGCGCCGUUAAACGACACAAUUGUCUCGUUGCGAAAAGAGCUCUACUCACAACCUUACCACCAGAUUUGUUGGAACUUAGCCAGAAAUCAGUGCGCUAAGGAAGAUUUAUACUGCCCACAUCCACUAGUACAAGAUCUCUUCUGGGAUGGUCUGAACAAGUUCGUCGAGCCCCUUCUUCGAAAGUGGCCUUUCUCUAAAUUGAGGCAGAAAGCUUUGAUGACUGUCAUGGAGCAUAUUCAUUAUGAGGAUGAAAACACUCACUACCUUUGUAUAGCACCUGUUAAUAAGGUGCUAAACAUGGUAUGUCGUUGGGUUGAGAAUCCGAACUCCAAAGCCAUCAAGUCGCAUCUUGCAAGGAUAAAAGAUUACUUGUGGGUGGCAGAAGAUGGCAUGAAGUUGAAGGGAUAUAAUGGAUCUCAGUUGUGGGAUGCUGCUUUAGCGGUUCAAGCAAUAUUAGCAACAAACCUCCCUGAUGAAAACGGUUUGAUGCUUCAAAAAGUGCACAUGUUUGUUAAGCUUUCUCAGAUUGACAAAGACAAUCCUGGAGAUCUUAAGUUCUGGUAUCGUCACAUUUCAAAAGGUUCAUGGUGCUUCUCCACCGCGGACAAUGGCUGGCCUGGAGCAGAUACUACCUCGGAAGGCCUAAAGGCAGCUCUCCUGCUAUCAAGAAUUUCAUCUGAUAUUUCCAGAGUGGCGGUAGAAAAUGAAAAGCUCUAUGAUGCUGUUAAUGUGAUUCUAUCCUAUCAGAACAACAAUGGAGGUUUUGCAUCUUACGAGCUCACUAGAUCUUACGCUUGGUUGGAGAAAAUUAAUCCGUCAGAAACAUUUGGAGAUAUUAUGAUUGAUUACCCGUAUGUAGAAUGCACUUCAGCAGCAGUUCAGGCUCUCAGAUUAUUCAACAAAUUGUACCCAGCACAUCGGGAGAAAGAGAUCGAAUCCUGCAUUGAGAAAGCCCUAAAUUUCAUUGAAAGCAUACAACUUCCUGAUGGUUCAUGGUAUGGAUCUUGGGGAGUCUGCUACACCUAUGGAACAUGGUUUGGCAUUACAGGGUUGGUGGAAGGAGGGAAGACCUAUGAUAAUAGCAAAAGUAUUCGAAAAGCCUGUGAAUUCUUACUCUCCAAGCAGCUCCCAUCCGGUGGAUGGGGAGAGAGCUACAUUUCUUCUCAAAAUAAGUUGUACACAAACCUUGAGGGAAACAAAACACACAAUGUAAACACUGCAUGGGCUCUGUUAGGUCUCAUCAAAGCUGACCAGGCCAAGAGAGAUCCCAAUCCCCUGCAUCGUGCAGCAAAAGUUCUCAUCAAUUCACAAAUGGAAAAUGGUGACUUCCCACAACAGGAAAUCAUUGGAAUUUUUAAUAGAAAUUGCACGAUAAGCUAUUCAAACUAUAGAAACAUUUUUCCAAUAUGGGCUCUUGGAGAAUACCUCAGCAAAGUCUAG